AUGCUUUCACCAAGGCUGACCCGUGUCGGUGCUUCUCUUCUGUCGCCCGAUGCGCAUGCUCGCAGCUCAGUCGAGAUCACCUCGCGAUAUGCGGGCAGGAUUAUAGAGCAGUGCUACGCCGUUGGCCAAGUGGCGAGAGUAGGAACGCCUCUUUGCAGGAUCGAAGUGGAAGAUGACACGGAAUCUGCGCCUGCUGAGCUCAGCUCGGAGCGGCUCGAGCCGACGAAUGCUUCUACCGCAGCUUCGGAAUCAUCGAUCAGCUCCAACGUCACGCCAUCAGCCCAAGAAAUACACCCUUCUGCUGCUUCUUUCAGCCCUAGCUCGGGAAAGCAUGCUGCAUUGGCAACGCCGGCUGUGCGAAGGAUUUGCAGGGAGGAGCAGGUGGACGUGUCGGAUGUGACGGGUACGGGAAAGGAUGGACGCGUGACGAAAGAGGAUGUAAUGAUGUACGUCGCGACCAGAUCGUCGGCAGCCGAGUCAUCGCCAGGCAUCAUGCCAACAGAUGCCACGCACGCAAUGACGAAUGAGCAGGACACAGAGGUGGAACUCAAUUCCAUCAAGCGGGCCAUGUUCAGAGCCAUGACGGCUUCUUGGAACAUACCCCAUUUCGGCUACUCUGAGGAAUUGGACGUGACGGAGUUGGAACGGCUGCGCAAGAGCAUCAAUGCAUCUCGCGAACAGACUGCGACGAAGCUUACGAUGCUACCGCUGCUUUUGAAAGCUCUAUCGAUGGCGCUGUACGACCACGCGCUGUUCAGGUGCAUGGUGCCUUCUCAGGGCGCUUCCUCGUCUGCUUCUGCGCCAAGCACAUUGCUGCAAAGGGCAACGCACGACAUCUCCAUCGCCCUUUCCACUCCCUCUGGUCUUCUCACUCCCACACUGCCCGAUAUUCGACAAUUGUCGGUCUGGGACAUUUCGCAGCACGUCAAGCGAUUGCAAGACAAAGCUUCAUCGAGGGAAAGUAGAGGAUUGAGCAGGGCAGAUCUGCGCAGCGAUAGACCUGGAAGCAUCACUCUGAGCAAUGUGGGCACUGUUGGAGGAACGGCAAUGAGCCCCCUGCUACCGCCCACUGGACAGCUCGCUAUCGGAGCCAUAGGAAAAGCCAGAUUGCUGCCGAGAUACGUCGAUGAAGCCGGUCUGUCCGGGCAUGUCAACGCAUCGCCCAUUGCUCAACCUAGACUCAUCUUGCCCACCUCUUGGACCGCUGAUCAUCGCUUUGUAGAGGGCGUCGAAUUGGCAAAGUUGGUGCAGGAUUGGAAAGCGAACGUCGAACAUCCGCACAGAUGGUUCCUUCGUCUCCGAUAA